GUCAAUUCGUUGGGCCACUUGGGAAGAGGAAUUGCUGAUAUAGACCCAUCCAGCCCAGUGAACGGCCCAUAAAGCCCAAUAACCCGAGACGAAGGCACCUUCGUCUGGUCACUUCAUGCUGAGCUCGGAGCUGCUCUCCACAUGAACGUUUGUGAUCCUCAUGGCUGCUUCUUUUCUUUUCAGAGGUCAUCCGCUCCUGCGGUUAGGGCUUAAGCGCCGCGGGCUGUGUACUGGGGUUGUGCAAGUGACUCGCCGGUCUUGCUGCAGUGCGACGGUGGCGUCUACUCCAUCGGACGGCGACUUAACAGCUGGUGAUAAUGCUACCUCAUUGGUGAGUUCCAGUGAGCCACCAAAGUACCAAAGAUGGGACGAGCCUGAUUAUCGAAAGUGGAAGAAUCAGGAGGAGGAAAUUCUUGGCGAUAUCGAGCCUAUCAUAUUCCUCACUAAAGAAAUCCUCCACUCCCAUAGGUAUGCGGAUGGGGAGCGAUUGACAUUGGAGGAUGAGAGAACUGUGGUAGACAGACUUCUGGCACAUCAUCCACAUGCGGAAGAUAAAAUUGGAUGUGGACUUGAAUCCAUCAUGGUCGAUCGGCACCCCCAAUUUCGGCACUCAAGAUGCUUCUUUGUUAUAAGGACCGAUGGUGGAUGGAUUGACUUCUCAUAUCAAAAGUGUCUUCGGGCAUAUAUCCGAAACAAAUACCCAUCGUUUGCAGAGCGGUUUAUUCGCGAGCAUUUCAAACGUGGUAGUUGAUGAAUUUAUGCUACCGUUGACGCUGAGCUAUGGUUUAACUGAAUUUGUUUUAAUCGAGAGAGAUGUAUGAAUGAUAAGGGUAUGUUUGGCUUGCACUUGUAUUUACAAAUUUAUUGAGUUCAGUAAAUAUGGUACGCAACCCGAAUUUUGAUUUUUUAAAA